AAUCCGGGUUUGACUUGGGCCAGAUUCCUGGAGUUAUUCUACAACAAACAUUUUACCCUUAGCGUCCGAGACUGAAAGACCACGGAGUUCCAGAAUCUGACACAGGGGAACAAGACAGUGGCAGAGUAUGAUCGUGCCUUUACCGAAUUGGCGAGAUAUGCACCCCAUAUGGUUGACGACGAAUACCGAAAAGAGAGAAAGUUCGAAAGUGGGUUACGUGGACCGAUACAAGACAGGGUCAAUAUGCUCAAUAUGCCAACAUACGCUGGAGUACUGGACAAGGCCAUCCUGGCUGAAGCUAAUUUAAACCGAUACCAGAGUUCAAGUGAGGGUCAGAGGAAGAGACAGAAUUAUGAUAAUCGCCGAGUUCCGUUCAAUGCCAAGAAGAGAAUGAGCACAGACAGUUCCAGCAACUCAAAUCAGGAAGGUAACGCCAAGCCGAUGUGCGCGAGUUGUGGAAAGCAACAUUUCGGGGUUUGUCGUUGGGCAACAGGAGCUUGUUAUGAGUGCGGCGAGAUAGGUCAUCGUGUGAAGGACUGCCCGAAGGCAGGGACUGACAAUGGAAAGAGGAAUGGAAGCACCUCGGGCUCUGCACAGAACAACAACGUCGGGAGAACACAGGCAAGACAAGGCAGAGUUUUUGCAUUGGUACCCGUUUAUAAGUUGAAUGCCGAGGCAGUAGUGUCAGGACCAGAAGGGAAGGAAGUCCUGGAAGAUGUGGGAAGAAAAGCUGAACAAAAAUCGGUUGAAGAUUUGGUGGAAGUGCGCGUUGAUGAAAAUGAUCCAAAUAAGUUAUUUCUUUGGGAUCAUCUUUGUCCAGUAAAUGUCAACUUUUUUACUCCACCCGUUCGGGGAACCUGA